AAAGCAAUAAAGAGGAAGAGGAAGCGCAGCGACGCACGUUAGUUCAUAAUAGCAACAGAGAAGCUCUCAAGUCCUCUUGUUAAAUCUGCAGACCAGUCAUCUGAGGAAAAUGUCCAGACUGCAGAGUUUGCGGGUUUUCAUCUACCAGCGGCUAACUGCGGCAGUGGAGGAGAUCAUUGUGCACUUGGAGAAAACAAUAACCGAGUCUGAGGAGGAGAUGGAGAGCCGCCAUCGCAAGCUGCUGGAUACAGUGUCAAAUCCUGAGGAGAAGCUGCUCACAGCAGUGGUUUCUGCAGAAGUCCAGCAGCAGCUGGUGAUUAAAGAAGAGGUUCCUUCUGAGCAGCAGGAGUGGAGCAAUAGCCUGGAACAGGAGGACCCAGAGCACCUACACAUUAAAGAGGAAAAACAGGAUUUCUGUAAUAGUCAGGAGGUCAGGAGCCCGCUGCAAGGACUGCAUGAGGAGGACAUCCCCAAGUUCCCAUUCACUCAUGUCCCUGUGAAGAGUGAGGAUGAUGAAGAGAAACCAAUCUCCUCACAGCUUCAUCAAAGACAAACUGAGGAGAACAGCGAGGCAGAGCUUCCAGCCAGCUGCUCAACCGAACCGAUGAAAACAGAAGCAGAUGGAGAGGACUGUGGAGGAUCAGAACCAGACAAAAACUUAGUAUCUGGUUUUAAAUGUCUAUCUGGAUCUGAUGACAAUACGUCAAACUCUUCUGAAGCUAUGACUGAAGACAGUGGUUGCGAUUGGAAGGAGAUCAGGAAACCUCAGACAGAUUUAAGUACUAUGAAAAAUAGAGUUCCUGUAAAUGACAUGGGACGUAAUACUGGCAAUAAAUUGUUUAGUUGCUCAAAAUGUGGCAGAAGGUUUGGCCAGAAGCACCAUUUGCAGGCACACAUGAGAUGUCACACCGGAGAGAGACCCUUUGGUUGCUCUCUCUGUGGUAAACGAUUUGCACAGAAAGGAAAUCUGACGCAACACUUGACAGUUCACACGAGGGAGAAACCCUGUAGUUGUCCUGUUUGUGGUGAGAGAUUUGCACAAAAAGGAAAUCUGACGCAACACAUGACUGUCCACACGAGGGAAAACUUUGUUGGUGAGAGAUUGACAAAAGGAUUCUGAGAAGACAGAAUUAAAUUUCAGAUUCAGUAACACAGUCACACGUCAGAAACUCAAAGUGAUGGCGGCAGCAGUAAAAGAAGCGGUCGCGUUGUUGGUUCAGGAAAAGUUGUCAGCAGCAGUGAACUUAUCGCUUUUUUACCAUCCAACUCAGGGCUUUUGUGUAUGUAGGUGAACAUAUUUAUUUACCUACCACGAUGUGAGGUGUCAUCGUACCUGUACGUGGGUGGGAAUGGUAUGUAACACAAUAGUUGUACAUGUCAUUUUCAACAAACGCGCACAGCAACAGGCAUUCUGCAAAUACAUUUAUGUGGAGAUAUCCUGGUUUCAGUAUAAUUUUACACACAACAAAAGAUGUAAAAACUCUCAGAAUGUUAAUAUUUUUCUACACUUUGGAGAAAUGUGGUGAAAUUCCUCACUGUAAAUGUGCCUGGAGUCACACGCCGGCGCCUUUUUCCUCGCACGUGUGCAAGAGGUGGGUGUGUGCAUAAUUCAUCUGGAUCAUGGGAGGUGGGGAUUUGUCAAAAUUGUGACAACUUGGUAGACUUUCAUGUGACAUGUGGGGUUGCGUGUUCACCUUUGGGGCCCUGUUUCAGAAAUAGGUUGUGUGAAAACUCUUGAGUUCCUUAACCCUGAGAUGGAGGAAACUCUGCGUUUUCCGUUCCAGGAAGAGCGGUCAUUUAAACGCACUCGGAGCCUGCAGCUGUCAUGGAUAUACAUAUAUGGAACGCAAAGCUUCCAUAUGUGUAGACAUUAAGGCUGUAACUGAUCAUUUGUCAUGUUUUGAUUAGUCACACUGAUUGGAACAUUUCUUUCAUAGGUAUGAUGUUGCAGACAAUGAUGAGGAUGAUUGUGGUGCAGGUGAAACACCUUUAAGAUCACCACUAGCUUACAUUCAUAUUUCUAUAUCCACAGGAUUAAAGUUGAUUGAACUAACUCAGGUAAACAACUCAGUUAGUCAGUUUGUUAAACCUGCUUUCUAAAACAGGCGCCAUAUCUGCUAAAGGUGAUGUUCAUAUUCAAAUUUAUGUUUUGUCCCCAUUUCCAUUGAGACAGGUGAACUCAUGCUGGUCAUGUGCUGUGGAUCUGUUUCUGUGAGGUUAAUUGUGUUUACACGCAAAGACGUGACGUACAGUGACACGUCCUCCGUAGAUAUUUGAAGGACUUUGGUGGGUAUAUUUGAUUUGUCUAUUUACAAGGCUGACUAGUCGUUGACCUUUCAAUAAAAACGGACAGCUGGACUUGUUAAGUGAACGAGCUGCUGACCGUGAUGGAAAUGAUUCUCAAAAUCAGCAAGAAGUAGAGAAUAAUUCAGUAUUACAGUUACAGUCUUCAGGUGAACCACUAAAUAUUUUACAAACUAAGAAAACAUGUCAGUGUUUUAUGUGGGUAAUGCUGCAGUUUUGCAUUUAUCCAAAGGUUUAAAGAUGCUUUUAUGAGACUAACCGGUUGUAAAAUUGUCUUGAUCGAUACAUGUAAAUAAAAUCUGGUAAAUUACGUUUAAAA